AUGUGUCUUUUUCAUCUGGCCUUUUCAUUUGUUUUAGUUCAUUUGUUCUUUUCAUCUGUCAUUAUCAUCUGUCUUUUUCAUUUGUCCCCUUUUCAUCUGAUCUUUUCAUUUGUCUCCUUUUCAUCUGUUCUUUUCAUCUGUUCUUUUCAUGACUUUUUUCGAUUGUUCUUUCCAUGUCUUUUUCCAUAUGUCUCUUUUUAUCCGUCUUUUUGUCUCUGUGCUUUUCAUCUAUUCUUUUCAUCUGUCCUUUUCAUCUGUUAUUUUCAUAUCUUUUUUCAUAUCUCCUCUUCAUUUCAUACGUCCUUUUCAUUCGUUGUUUCUCAUCUGUCUAUUUUAUAUUUUCUUUUCAUUUGUGCUAUUAAUUUUUUCCAUAUGUUUUUCAUUUGUUCUUUCCAUUUUUUUUCAUCUGCUCUUUUCAUCUGCCAUUUUCUUUUUUCAUUUGUCUUUUUUCAUCUAUCCUUUACAUCUGUCCUUUCCAUCUGUUCUUUACAUCUGUCCUUUUCAUCUGUUCUUUUCAUCAGUCAUUUCUUUUCAUCUGUCCCUUACAUCUGUCCUUUCCAUCUGUCCUUUUCAUCUAUCCUUUACAUCUGUCCUUUCCAUCUGUUCUUUCCAUCUCUUCUCUUCACCUAUUCUUUGCCUCUGUUUUGUCAUCUUUCCUUUAUUUCUGUAUUUUUCCUCUGUUCUUUUGCUUUCUGCAUUCCACCACUCAUUUGCUUUCUUUCCCUUUUUUUUUAUUCUCUUUUUUUUCCACUUUUUUUUUUUUUUGUCUCUCCCUCUUUCUGUAUCUCCUUCCUCUUCUCUUUCCUUCUUUUCCGGUUACUUGAUUUUCUAUCUCUUUUUUUAUUGCUUUCUUCAUUUCUUUCUUAUCUUUUCCAUUCUUCGUUUUAUUUCUUGCCACUCUCUAUCUGUUUCUUACUUUUUCCUUUGUCACUCUUCCUAUCUUUCUUUCUCUUUAUGGCUUUCUUUCUUUCUCUACCUUUUCUUUGCUCAGUGUCCUUAUUUCAAUCUGUUGCUUCGCCAACGCCAAUUCUUUCUUUCUCUUUCCUUUCUUUCUCUCUUUCUAUCUUUCUUUCUUUCUUUUAUUUCAUUUUUCUUUCUUUUUUUCCCAUUUUCCUUUCAGUUUUCUUUCUUUCUUCUUUCUUUCUUUUUUCUUUCUUUCAUUCUUUCUUUCUUUCUACUUUCUUUCAUUUUUCUUUCUUUCCUUUUCCCAUUUUCUUUCCAUUCAACUUUCUUUAUUUUAAUAGUUUUUUCUUAUUUUCUUUGUUCCUCCUUUACACCUUUUUCGUUGGGCUUACAACCGCUAUUUUUAAAUUUUCGAUUCUUUCUUUCGUUCGUUUCUUUCUUUCUUUCUUUCUUUCUUUCUUUCUUUCUUUCUUUCUUUCUUUCAUUUCUCAUUUCCUAUGCAUCUAG